CUGCGGCGGCUCGAAGGUUGGCUGAUUGCAUCGACCGCCCAUGGUUCCGGCUGCAGGGCUGCUCCGCCGCGCCGGCUCGGCCGCCCGGAUCCGUGCUCUUGCAGGGGCGCUCUGCAGUUCGGCAGCGGUGCGGACUAGCUCCGACUCAGCCAUGCCGACCUCGGAAACCGCCACCACCUCCCCGGCGAAGAGCGCCGCGUCCCCGCUGAAGAGGAAACCCGUGUCCCCGGUGAAGGCGGCCGUGCUCAAGUUCGCCAAACUCAGCGAGAACGCGCAGCGGCCGACCCGGGGCUCGGAGCGGGCGGCGGGUUACGACCUGUACAGUGCCUAUGAUUACGUGAUCCUUCCUCAGGAUAAAGUUAUUGCGAAGACUGAUAUUCAAAUUGCACUUCCUUCUGGAUUCUAUGGCAGAGUGGCACCGAGAUCUGGACUGGCAGCGAAACACUUCAUUGAUGUUGGAGCUGGGGUUAUUGAUGAGGAUUACAGAGGAAAUGUUGGUGUAGUUCUGUUCAAUUUUGGAAAAGAAAGUUUUGAAGUUAAAAAGGGUGAUCGAAUAGCUCAAUUGAUAUGUGAACGCAUCUGCUAUCCAGAGCUUGAGGAGUUAAAGAGCCUGGAUGAGACAGAGCGAGGUGCAGGUGGCUUUGGCUCCUCUGGUACAAAUUGAACGUGAUGUUCUGCCAAAGCAUGUCAGACAUUGCCUAAUUCUCUUCAAAGAUGUUUAAAGCUGUGGAUUCUUCGUGAAAAAGUUGUGAUCGAUGGUCCAGUUGUCAGGAUGUUUCCAAAGUGCAAAAAUGAGCUGACAUCAUGUAUGUAUUUCAGGGUGGUUAAGAGAUAGUGGUCUCUAUGGUGACCAUGUAAAUCAUAGCCGGAACAAUUGGGGACAUUUUGGGUUAUUUCGGGAAUAAAUGUAAACUUUUUUAUGGA